AUGUCCGCCAUAUUCACCCUCCCCCAUAGACGCCCCUCCGAGCAGGACGACGCAGCCUGGAGCAUCAGCCGCGAGAUCGAGACAGGCCUCCGCGGCACACCACAGCCCACCGUCCCGGGAUCGACCCCCGAAGACAGCAAGUGGGCAUUCAAGAGAAGCGUCCCCACGGUCGUCCUCUAUGACGAAGAGGGUCUGCGGCUGUACGACAAGAUCACUUCUGAUGCCCCGGAGUACUACCUCUUCAACGACGAGCUCAACCUGCUAAAAGACCAUGGCAAAGAGAUCGCUCGGUACAUGGGCUUCCAGGGCGGUAAAGAAGAGCAUGGUCACCAAGAGACCGGCUACCAAUCCGGGCCAGAACCGAAUUGGAAGCCCGGACGAUGGGGAGAUGCAGCCGUGGGCAAGCACAACAUUGGGGUAAAUGGCGAGCAAGGCCUUGGUGGAGGGUGGAAGCCGGGAUGGGACGUCGUCGAGCUGGGCGCAGGUGCUUUGCGCAAAACGGCCCACCUCCUCACCGCCUUGACCGACUCUCUACCCCCAGCACCCUCCGAUGCCGCUUCCAUACCCGCACCCAUCACAUACCACCCGCUCGAUCUGUCUUACCCCGAGCUCGAUCGGGUCCUCAAAGAGAUGAACGACGCCAUCGGCGACAAGAUUGACGGCAAAGUCGCCUGUGUCGGUCUUCAUGGCGACUAUGAGGCUGGCCUGCAGUAUAUUCGAGAGGGUAGACUUGCAGAGUUGCGAGAAUGUCUCGCGGGCGGUACUGGCCUCUUUGAGGGGACUGCUCCUCAGGCGAUCCCUGCCAGAGAGACCGUCGCAGAAAGCCCCACUGCCAGUCCUCUGUCGUCAUACAUCAUGACCCCCCGAGAAGGCACCUCUUGCCUUCCCCCUCUUGACGACGACAGCAUCAGCCAUAAACGCUCCUCCUCCGCUCACAGCACAUCUUCCGAGUCUGCUGAAGAGCGUUUCAAGAUUUAUAUGGGCAACGCCCAGACCCAGCAGCAAGUCCGCGAGGAAGCCUCCCCCGGCGGCGGCAAAAACACACCUUCAGAAAGCACCAGGCCUUUGCACUAUGUCUUCCUCGGGUCGUCCUUGGGCAACUUUGAUCGUCCCUCGGCGGCACCUUUCCUCAAGUCGCUUCCUCUCCGACCUGGAGACACCCUUCUCCUGGGUCUAGAUGGCAGGCCUGCGCCAGGCCCUGAGGGCAACGAAAAGGUCAGAGUGGCUUACAAUGAUCCGUCCGGCCAUACUAGGCGAUUCGAAGAGCACGGAUGGGAUGUCGUCAAGCAAGAGCUCGGUAUCAAAGGUAAUGUCGAGUUCGUGGGACGAUACAAUGAAAAACUAGGGCGACACGAGGCGUAUUAUCGAUCAAAAGAACUCCAAACGAUACAUCUGGCGACCUACAACGAGGACAUUACGUUGGAAAAGGGCGAACUCCUGAACAUUGAAUGGUCUUACAAGUAUUCGCAUAAAGAGGCGAUGGACCUCUUCACCCAAGCCGAUCUUCGCGUCAUCAACUCCUGGAAAGCUCCCUCCAGCGACUACCACCUCUACCUCCUCGAACGUCCUUCCGUCAGGUUCAUCGCUCCACCCACAAACGAUAUCGCUCAAGACAAAAUGGUGGCACUCAGCAUGCAUGAUAGUGUGAGUGGCGGAUGUUUGGAAAAGGUCAAGGGGAUUCCCAAGUGGGAAGAGUGGAUUGGGCUUUGGGGACUAUGGGACCAUAUCACGCUGCAGAUGAUUCCCAAGGAGCUUUUGCACAAGAAACCUAUUGACUUGAGGCACGUCUGUCUCUUCUACUUGGGCCACAUUCCGACCUUCUUGGACAUUCAUCUGACUCGGAUGACCAAGGGUAAACACACCGAGCCCGAGUACUUCAAAACAAUCUUUGAGCGAGGCAUCGACCCUGACGUCGAUGACCCCACGCAAUGUCACGAUCACUCUGAAGUUCCCAUGUCGAAAGAAGACUGGCCCGCUCUUGCCGAGAUCCUUGUUUUCCGAGACCGCGUCCGCCAACGGCUCCUGAGCAUCUACACCGAUUACGCUACUGGCAAACGAACUCUGUCUCGGCAUGAAGGUCGGGUGAUCUUCAUGGGCUUUGAGCACGAGGCCAUGCACGCCGAGACCUUGCUCUACAUGCUCGCUCAGAGCCCCAUCACCCGAGCACCGACAGCUGUCAAGGCCCCAGAAUGGGACAUUUUGGCAAAGCAAUGGAAGAGCGAAAAGGCGGAGAACAAGGUACUCAGCAUUUCCGCUGGGGACGUGGUGAUGGGCCAUGAUGAUGCCGAGGCGGACGAUGCCAAGUAUCCCACCACCGACGGCUGGGAGAACCACGGGUUUGGUUGGGACAAUGAGCAUCCUCACGUGUUUCAGCAUGUCAAGGCCUUCAAAGCCGACUCAUUGCCAGUGACCAACAAUGACUAUCUCGCUUUCCUCACAGCUACUGGCGCCCUCAAUGGUCUCAGUGACGAGAAUGCGCCCGCUAUGUGGACCAACGUCAGCGAACAAGGUGCAUCGCCCGAGUGGCACAUCAAGUCGUUCUACGGCCCCGUUUCAUUCGAGGUCGGAGGCGACUGGCCGAUGAUGGGCAGCAAGCUCGAGCUGGAGGCUUUUGCAAAGUGUAAAGGAGGUAGGCUGCCCACUGAGGGGGAGAUGAGGCGGCUCUGGGAGAGUGAAGAGGGGCCCAGAGUGGCUGGCACGGUCAACAACAUCGGUGCUCAGAACUGGCACCCUGUCCCCCCUACCAACACAGUCACUGACAAUGCCGGGAACGUCAUCCACGGCCACAACGGCGGAGUUUGGGAAUGGACCGACACGCCUUUCCAAGGGCUGGAUGGCUUUGUCACCUCUGAGCUUUAUCCCGGCUACUCUUCCGACUUUUUCGACGGCAAGCACUUUGUUGUGAUUGGUGGGUCAUAUGCGACCAUCCCUCAGAUUGCAGGCCGCAAAACUUUCCGAAAUUGGUACCAGUCCAACUACAAGUACUCCUUUGUCGGCGGUCGAGUUGUGUACGAUAUCUGA